AUGAAGCCGCCAACUGCGAGAAAACCGACAAAACGACCGACAACUACCAUUGCAUGCCCUAAAAGUAAGCGAAACUCGGAAUCAGUAACAGAAGUUGUGUUCAGGAACGGGCUCAGAAAUGGAAGACAUUGAAGAAGCGCCUCCGGACCCGAGGACCAGAUUGAAAAGUGAAGAAGUGUAAGGAUUAUUCAUUGUUUUGUUGUCUUCGGACUGAAAUUUUCGCCUAAAACUGACAUGUGGUUGUUUCAGAAGUGUCCAAUGUCUUCUCCGAGAAAUCGACGACAAGAAGCUGGUGAUGCUGAUCAGUGGCCAUCCUUCCGCUCGUUCUUCUGCUCUUCUAUUACAGGCUUUGAGACAGGUGAGCAUCAGUUUUCUGGCGAAGGAAUUGUCAAAACAGUUCCCCGACAUUUCACAACUCGAAACCGCGACGUCUCAAUGCAAUUUGUCGCUAAGUAGUUCACGCUAGUUGCAAAUCGUCGCUGUUCCAAAACGCCGGGGAGUCAUCAAAACUUUGCAGCAAAUGUCUGUGGCGACGCUAGACGAAUACGUCCGCGAUUCCCUUGAAUGGGUUGUAGCUCACGACACUCUGAUGCUUAAAAUGAAGAAGAAUGUGAGUUGCUUAUUCCAUUUUUCGUAAAGUUCUCAAUGCCGUUUCCAGAGCCUAUUCGUUCGUGUGCUCGGAGCCGACGGCGUGGAUUCCCGCGAGCAAAUGGCUCGACUCAUCAACACGAUGGCCAGUUACACAAGCGGAAGAAGCUAUUUCACAGUGCACCACAAGACGUUCCUGCCGUGUCUGAUUGCGGUUCUACGUGGAAAACGACUUCCUUCGACCACUCACGAUCAGUUGAUUGCGUGCGUGCAGAAGAUGAGCAUACGGUAGGAGCAAAAGGCGGAGCAAAAGCUGAAUGUUUUGCAUUUGCAGGGCGACGUGUCAAAAGGAGCUAAUUCAAAAUGGGAUGUUGGAGUGGGCAGUGAACCAUUUGGAUCAAAAGCUCAACAACUACGCAUUCGAGUAUCUGGCGGCUCUGAUUGUCAACUUGUCCACAAAUGUAAAUGCAUUUUUCUCCUUCCAAAUCUAUUCCGAAUCUCUUCGUUCCAGUCCCUAAGCCACCCUCUGAUGACCCGCCUCGCUGACUCCAUCGCCAAUUCCAUCGCCAACCUGGUCGUCAGAAUGUCUCACGGCGUGAGUUGCUCUUCGCUUCUAUCGCAAUGAAUGCUCUCCGACUUUCAAUUAAACGUGGUGCCAGGCGGACAGUAGAUGCUCGCUCCUCCUUCUCUGGCUCCCGCUCCCUCCUCAUCUUCUUCUGCGUCCUCUCCUCAUUAGGCCGCUUCCUCCCGCGUUUUGUUUUGCCUGCUCCUUGUGCCAGGCGCUCGCUUAUUCCCUCAUUCGCUUCUUAUGUGACAGCUUUAGUCGAGCGCUUUGCGUUUCGCGAAUUCUUUACUUUUGAGUAGAAGCUCCGGGUUCUAGUUCUAAUUCUAGAAUAAGAGACUAGUUUCAAUGAAAAGCCGUUCCCAACUAGUUGAACUUCAGCUCGAACUUCUAACUUGAUUGAUGUGCCUAUCAUUGUAGAUUUGAGUUCUAAUUCAGAACUAGGUUUCUUUUAGUUUCAAUAAGAUAACUUGAUUGAUUUAGUUAGAACCUAUCUGCCUACCCGCAUUCCGCAUUCCGCGAAGGUGGAAUUCUCUUUUCCAGAACACUCUCCUUCCUCUUGCCCCUCCAGUAACUCGAUCCUCCUCCCGAACCUCAUUAUAAUAUUGUUGCUCUUCUCUUCCAGCCCUCCUGCUCCCUCUACAACACACUCCUGCUCUCCGUCCUUUCGUGCCCUCGCAUUCGUCUCCGCGCCAAGGACACCAAACUGCUCGACGCGAUCCGCAUUCGUCUCGAGACCCGCCGAACGUGUCCGCUCUGCAAUUUACACGUGCCGUUCCUGAUCGCCGUCGUUCAUCAAGGUGAGUAGAGAAAAUAUGGGAAAUGUAGCAAUUGUGAAACCAACCGAAUCUUGAUAGCCUAGCCAACUCCCCCGCGUCCCCCCGAAAACAGUUGUGUUUGUUUUGUUCUGUUUUCCUUUUCCUUUUCCUUUUUCGCUCUUCAUUUUCGUUUGCAUCUUGCACAAAUUGAGGUCAGUCGGUCAGUUUAGUCCCCCGCUGACCAAUUGGUUUCUCGCAAAUGUGUCCGGAUCAAACAAAAAACAUACGUAAGACGUCGGCGCCGGGCGACCUCGGGUGCCUGGACGCGUCGACGGAAAGUGAGAAUGGGAAUGGGAGGGAAAGGGGGAAAGGACACCCCCGUACGGAUCUGAACAAAGAGAGCCCUUCGCUCUCACUCGAUAAGGAAGUGAUUUUGUUACGAAAACAUUGUCGCGUCAUGGCGCUGAACACACAGAAAAAGGUCAACAUUUGAGAGCGAUGAACUGUUUGAUCUGUGAAGUGGACAAUUGCCACGUCACCGGAAGAAGUGAAUCAGUGCCACAAUCCAGAACCUUCCUCCUCCUGCCUCUCCAUUUCUUUCCCAAUCGGUAUUCGCUCCAUCACCUCAAUGAUAACCGGGAGGUUUCACUUUCACUCUCCGAGUGCGCCAGAAAGAGAGGAAGAGAGAAAGAGCGGCAGUCGACGACAUGGUCAUGUCCUGCCCAUUCUCUCUGUUAGCUGUCCGAUUCUGCUGCUGAUAACCUGAACAGUUCCAAGUCUUCGUGGCUUUUCCCCCUCCGAUUCUCACUUUUCUUCGACCGUUUUCUGCCGCUGCCAAUCGUCUUUCGGGGAUACCGUAACCCGUUUCUCUCCGUCUCCUCUUUCGUCAUUAUCUCUGAUCGAAUUGACGUGACUCGGGAGGAAAAUAUUUGUGUCUCCCGCACCUCGCGCCCGCUUCUUUAUUCGUCUAAAAGGUAACAAAGAGGGUCGAGAAAGAACGGGUAUCCAGGAGGAAGGAGAGAGAAAGAGAGAAGUUUAAGAGUGUUCAGUGUGUUCCGAAAACGAGAAGAACGAGAGGAACGAGAGGAAGAGUUGGAAGAGAGCACUGAAAAUAUUUAGACGGAGAGAAGUGGAUGAGCGUGCGGAGAGAGACGCGGCGCCAAAAACAUUGCCAUCCCCUGACUUCUCCUUCUUCUCCUUCUCCUUCUUCUUCUUCGUUUUUCAAACUGUUUCUCAUUCGAACCCAUCCAAAUAUUGUGUCCCCUGACGAGAGAGCAUGGGAGCCAGCGGACACAGAGAAGCACCUGUCUCAUUUAAAUUCAGACGGAUGGGCCUUAGCAGUGGCUCAGCAGCGGUCAUUCUCAAUCACAACCACUCCCAUCCGAUUCAAAUUUAGCCAGAAACCGAGUGCCAUCCGAGUACUUUUUAUGCUCUUACUUCGCCAUUCUGUCGUAUGCCAAUCGGGGCGUCGGCACUGAUAAGAAAGAGGUCUCUGGCGCCAGCGACGCCAGAAGAGUCGCCCUGAAACAUUUCGAAAGUGUUGACUAACAAAACGUCGCGGCUUUUUCUCGACAAUCGUUACAAUUCGUACGCUAAUGCUCUAAAUUUUGCAAAAUUAUCGGGUUACUUCGGGCAUACGGUAACGGUUAUCACGCGAUGCGAUCAUCACGAGAUUUCGCCCGUUUCACAAUUUGUUCUAUUCGUGUAAUGUUCUCGAUUGCCGAACUAUCUAGUUCUUCGCUUUGUUCCAUUCCGAAUCAUUUUUCCAAUUGAGCUCACUGAGCGCAUUUGGGACACCAUUUGAGACAAAAUAUCGUUUUGUUCUAACUUCCAUGCAAGCUUUAAUGGGCUAUUCAGCAAUGUCAAAAAAUGGAAAAAAGAACGCAACUCGUGCACUGUUGAUUCCAUUUUCUGACAUUGCUGAAUAACCCCAUAGUUUUAUUCAGAUUUUUCCAAUUUUUGAUAAAUUUCCAUGCUGAGGAGAGUCAUCAAGCAUAUUUUUUCAAAAGAAUACAAACUUUCCAGAGUGUAUUGCUCCAAACCUAGUCUCCCAUAGAACAUUGCGAAAUUUGCCUCCUCUCCAAAAUUCCCGCCGAAUACUGUAUUUCAACGACGUUUACCUCCCCACGAUCGCCCGAUUGGCUGUGGUUCCCGGCGGGGCCCGUUGGGCACGAAAUUCGAAAUGUGAAAACGUUAGUGUGUAGUACCAGCCGGUGCAAUAGCUGUCCAGUCGAAACGGACACAGGGGACAAUCAAAAUUGCACGACCUCUCUCUCUCUCUCUUUUCCAUCCGCACCGCUUACCACCGAAGCCGCCCAGAAAGGUCAGAGAGCGACGAGAGAGCGUGCGAGUCGCCGAGACGCCGCUCCCCCGUACUGCAAAAAGAAGAGUGCGAGCGGGGCUUCUCUGCGUCUCAGCGGGGCGACACGCUGUCUCGGCGCGACGCGGACGGACGCCAAGCGGUGGUGGUGCCAGCCUCGCGGAGAGACUUGCAGGGCGCCGCGCUCGUGCCGCCCCGUGCUCGCUGCGUGUGCCCGCUUUCCGCCCCUCUCGCCUCUUCGCUACGCGCGCGCGGAGACAGAGAAAAGAGAGGAGCGAGGAGUGCGGCAGCAAAAAAGAAUAACGAAACGCGACACAGCCGAGUGACCCAGUCCCCCCAUACUUCCAUCCCUCCUCCGCCCAUCCGUCCAUCUUCCCGCCCCACCGCUCCCAGACUCCGACGACGGUCACUCCUCACUCGUCCCUUUCCAAUCGGUCGGUCGCUCCCUUCUCCCCAUUCCUUUCUUCCCUCUACAGUAAUCCCCCUAAGAUUCGGUUGGUUUUCCCUUUAGAUGCUCACGGCCUGCUCCCUGAGACCUCAAGUGUGAGUGUACUUUUGAUGCUUCACACCUGGGCUCUCCGGGUACCAGGACGCUCCAAGAGCAGUUGCAUUUCCUUUAAAAUCAGGGUCUAGAUAAGAGAAACGUGUUGAACGUGGGCAACCGGGUAUGUACUUUCAGAAGUCGAAUACACACGAGUGCCGCUAACACCUACAGAUGGCGAGGCUGAUAAGGUGAGUACUGUAAAAGAUAAGAUGGGAGACAGUUGGGAGUCAAUGACUGGUAGAAAAGGACAUUUCGGAUAAAAAGUGCAAAACAUUAUUGCUGCUGAUAAUGAGAGUCCGCGAAUUUCACUGCACUUUGCGAGGUCACUUUUGAAUCAUCUUUCAGCUGACAAUUGAAAAGUGGAAAUGUAAAUGUGAAAUAUGGACUUUCUGAACUCUUGAGCUUUUCGAUCGAAUCUGACCAAAAGCAGGCUUCAAAUGCCGCUAAUCUGUGCGCACGUUUGACUGAGAAACUACAAAUCCGCGUUGCCAGAAUCGUCUCAGAAUCGGAAUCGUUCAUUCCAUUUUUGCAGGCCGGCAGUUCGUGUGAACGGGAGAUCGACUCGCUCGACCCGUUGCGUCCGUCGACCAACGAGCUCAGCGGUGCUCGUUUGCUCAUCAGAAAGGCCUAUAAAGAGGCAGCAGCCGGCUCUCAGAUAAACGAUUCGAUGGGCAGUUCAAAGGACGGAAUGGGCUUUGCGACGACGGCGAGCAAGACGAGCGCCCGUGGGGCCAGAGGACGCAAGGGCGCUGGAAAUGACGGACGGAUCGGCACUGCCACGUCACAACACACGUUUGUGAUCGAGACGGAGCGACGCAGACCUCUGAUGAUCAACAUUGGCCUGAGCGACGCGGCGUCAGAGUACAAGAAGGUGCAGGAUGAGAUCACGAAGAAGAGGGAGGACGAGGAGAAUCGGAAGCGAAAGGAGAAGGAGGAGAAGGAGAAGCAGAAGAUGAAGGCGUUGCGACACAUUCAGCUGACGUCCCGGAAGGCGCCCUCUUUGCUCCGGAAGGAACUCUCCGAGUCCUCGUCGCCGUUGAUCGAGAAGUUUAUGAGCAGGAAGGCUAACGAAUCCAGACUAUCACUGAGCAAGAAACGUAGGUUUUUUGAUUCUUGUCUGCAGUGAACACAUUUGGGUUUUCCAGCCUCAUUGCCCGAGAUCCGUGACUGUCUGCCACCCGAGAAAAACAACAACAAUGGGGACUUCAAGGGAUCCAACGAGACUAUAGUCUUGUCGUCCUACUUUUACACCGUCGAAGCGUCCAGGUGAGUGUUCCCCGGCUCUCUAGACCUUCUUUUCUGUUCCAGCAGCCCGGAAGACUACACCGCCGUGUUCGGAAGCCGUCCUAAAGUGGCUCGCACCCCGGACACCCAAUCCCGAUCAUUUUUCUGA